GCUGAUAAUUGCUAGUUUUUAUUCCUUAAUUAGUUUUAAAUGUCGAGAACAAUGAUUGAGGUGAUGCUUAAUUGUCAUUAUGUCCCUAAAUAGUCAGUCUUGGUUUCAAGUUAGAAGAUAAAAUGUGCUUAUGUUGUAUGUCUCUAAUGUGUUCAUCGGGCAAAGAAGUUGAGACUAGCAGGUUGAGAAAAACAAUAUUUUCUUUACCGACUCAGCCAGGUGCAACCUCAACUUGAGCUCCAACGGUUGGCACUUGCGUGGAUCAAGCUGCGAGGCCGACUAUUGAGCUUGUCAGGAAAAGAGCUGAAGAUGAGUCUGCAGCUCAGAAGAAGCGCGGGCUGGAGGAGGAGCAGCAGCAGCAAGAGGAGGCUCCUAAGUUCAUACCUUGUCCUCCCCCAGUGGCUGUUAAUCAUGCUGUUAGGGAGGUUGGGGUUGUAACACAUGGGAGGGGAAAAAGCUUCCCAACUCGGCUUCAGUAUCCUGAGGGUUAUAGCUUCGCAACUUCUUCCAGCAGAACAGUUGUUAGGCGUUUCAUUGACGCCAUGUUUCCCGAAAUGGAUCUAAUUCAGGCAAGGGACGAGGUAGAUCUCCAUGGAGGAGUUGGGGUAGUUCACCACAUCCUUGAGGGAGCCAAUCUUGUUAAUGCUUUGGCAAACAACUACUUGGACUCCCUAAAGGAAAGAAAUAAAAUGGUGAAAGAGAAGGAGGAACUCAGCAAGCAGGAGGAGGAGGCCAAGAAAAAUGUGGAAAGCUUAACCUUGGAGUUGGAUAAGCUCCGAGAUGAAGCUGCCACGUUGAAGAAGGCUGCCAAGCUUGCAGAUUGAAAGAGAAUAGUUUGUGAAGAAACUCUUUCCAAGAGGGACAAGCAAAUUGCUGGGAUGGGGAAGAAAGUUGAAGAACUGCAAUGAGAUGUUGAGCUGCGAAUCCAUAAUUCCAUGGAGAUUCACAUGUCUAAGUUCGUCAAGUCUAGCAUGUUUUCCAAUAUCGUGGACCUCUAUGGCCUUCCUGCUAUGGUGUUGGCCUUCAGCAAUUGCAAGAAAAAGGUGAAGGCACAACAUCCCGAGGUGGAUGUUAGCAGCAUCACAUUUCAACCUUAGGAGGAGGGGGUGGAGGAAAAUGGUUAGCGCCAGAUUGCUGAUUUCUGGCCUAAGGUGACACUCAAAUGGGAUCGAGAUGAGAAUGGAGGCACCAUUUUCCCACCAAGGUCUGACUAUGAGUUCGUCCUGUUGACGAGGAUGAAGUUGAGGUUGUUGGGGGUCCCGAAGUGGGAGACAAUGUGUAGAAUGACGAAGUGGAUCAACAGCAUCAACUUAUUGAAUGAGUUCAUCUCAGUUAUUUGUUUUUGACUGAUUUGUAUUUUGGACAAUGAAAAUUUAUAUAAAAUUUGAACUUUAUA